UUUAAAAUCCACAGCCAAGAUGGCGGCGCCGGAGCAGAGUUGGAGCUGGUUUCCAGCGUUAGCUUUGGGAGUUUCUUUCCUUAAGUGUCUGUUCAUCAACGCGUAUCACUCCACAGACUUCGAGGUCCACAGGAACUGGUUGGCCAUCACGCACAGUCUGCCGGUGUCCCGGUGGUACCACGAGAACUCGUCUGAGUGGACUCUGGACUACCCGCCGCUGUUCGCCUGGUUCGAGCUGGGCCUGUCCCACGUGGGCCGGCUCUUUGACCAGGACAUGCUGCGGGUGGAGAACCUGAACUACGCCGGCCCGUCCGCCGUGCUCUUCCAGAGGCUCUCGGUCGUCUUCACCGACGCCGUGUUCGUCCUCGCCACCAGAGAGUGCUGCCGGUGCGUUCGGGAGCAGAAAGGUUCUCAGGACGUUUUGAGCCGCCCGUCCUUCGUCCUCGCUGUGCUGCUGCUGUGGAACUUCGGCCUCCUCAUCGUCGACCAUCUUCAUUUCCAGUACAACGGUUUCCUCUUUGGGAUCCUGCUGCUGUCGGUGGCCAAACACCUGCAGGGUCGACACCUGCAGGGGGCGCUGCUGUUCUCCAUCCUGCUCAACCUGAAGCACAUCUACCUGUACGUGGCUCCGGCCUACGGCAUCUACCUGCUCCGGAGUUACUGCUUCACUCAGGACCACAAAGACGGGUCCGUCCGAUGGUCCAGCUUCAGUCUUGUGCGUCUGCUGAUGCUCGGUGGCAUCGUGGUUUCAGUCUGUGCUCUGUCCUUCGGCCCCUUCGUCGUCAUGGGGCAGCUCCCUCAGGUCCUGUCCCGGCUCUUCCCCUUUAAGAGGGGCCUCUGUCACGCCUACUGGGCCCCCAACCUCUGGGCCCUCUACAACGCCCUGGACAAAGGCCUGGCCGUCCUCGGUGUUCGUCUGAAGCUGCUGAAGGAGGCGGAGCUUCUCCGGGCGUCCAUGACGGGUGGUUUGGUUCAGGAGUUUCAACACUCCGUCCUCCCGUCCAUCUCUCCGUCCGUCACACUCGUCUGUACUCUGCUGUCCAUCCUGCCGGCCCUGGUGUCUCUGUGGAGACGUCCCCGUGGUUCUCGUCGGUUCCUGCGUUGUCUUCUGAUCUGUGCUCUGGGCUCCUUCAUGUUCGGCUGGCACGUCCACGAGAAGGCCGUCCUCAUCGCCGUCCUCCCCCUCAGCAUCCUGGCGGUGGAGAGCAGAGAGGAUGCUGGGACAUUCCUGCUGUUGACCACCACAGGUCAUUACUCGCUGUUCCCUCUCAUCUUCACCCCCACAGAGCUGCCCAUCAAAGUGUGUCUGAUGCUGCUCUUCACCGUCUUCUCCUUCACGGCUCUGAGGAGGCUGCACAGAGGUCAGGGGUCUCUGUUGCAUCCUCUGGAGGUCCUCUACCUCCUGGGCCUGGUCGUCGUGGCGACCGCCUGUGAGGUGGUCUUCCCUCUGUCGCCGUGGAAACAGAGGCUGCCCUUCCUCCCCCUGCUGGUCACCUCCGUGUACUGCUCAGCCGGCGUCAGCUGCUCCUUCCUGCGUCUGUACGUCGCUCUGCUGCAACCAGAGCACAAACCCAAGCAGCCCUGAGGGGGGGUCACAGGUCAGAGCGCCCCCCCCCACACACACACCCACAGGUUAGAGCCCCCCCCCACACCCACAGCACCCUGAGGGGGGGUCACAGGUUAGAACCCGCCCACGAGCAUCGCACACCUGAUCACAUGGACAAUCCAGGUGCACUGAUGCAUGAUGGGAGAGCUCAUAAUGUUUUUUAUUUGUAAAUAUUUUAAUAUUCAGACUUAUAAAAUAAAAAUAAUCAUGUGGACCAAAACAGAACUAAACAA